CCUGUGCGCGCGCUCUGCACCUACGUGCUUGGUUGUGAGUUCCCCCUGUGGAGAGCGUCGAGAACAACGGAGCUGACAGCGGCACCUCCAGUCAAGGGGAAGAUGGAGACCAGGGAUACGGACUUCAACAUACUGUUAGCUACUGAUUCGUACAAGGUCACACACUAUAAACAAUACCCGCCCAACACUAGUAAAGUGUACUCCUACUUCGAAUGCCGCGAGAAGAAGACGGAUCCGUCCAAAACCCGGAAGGUUAAAUAUGAAAAGACGGUCUUCUACGGCCUGCAGUACAUCCUUUACAAAUAUCUAAAAGGGAAGGUCAUCACCCCCGAGAAGAUUCAGGAGGCACGGGAGGUGUACCGAGAACACUUUCAAGACGACGUGUUCAACCAGAAAGGCUGGAACUACAUACUGGAGAAGUAUGACGGCCAUCUGCCUAUCGAGAUCAAGGCUGUGCCAGAGGGGAGUGUGAUUCCUCGUGGAAACGUCCUCUUCACCGUGGAGAACACAGAUCCCGAGUGCUACUGGCUGACUAACUGGGUGGAGACUAUCCUGGUUCAGAGCUGGUAUCCCAUCACGGUCGCCACCAACUCCCGUGAGCAGAAGAAGAUCCUGGCCAAGCAUCUCAUGGAAACAUCAGGAAGUUUGGAAGGACUGGAGUACAAGCUGCAUGACUUUGGUUACAGAGGUGUUUCAUCACAAGAGACUGCAGGCAUCGGCGCCUCGGCACACUUGGUGAACUUCAAAGGAACAGACACGGUGGCUGGGAUUGGUGUCGUUAAAAAGUACUAUGGCACAAAAGACCCAGUGCCUGGAUUUUCUGUUCCAGCUGCAGAACACAGCACAAUCACAGCAUGGGGUAAAGACCACGAGAAAGAUGCCUUUGAGCACAUUGUGAAGCAGUUCCCAUCGGUGCCCGUGUCCAUAGUCAGCGACAGUUAUGACAUCUACAAUGCCUGCGAGAAGAUCUGGGGUGAGGAUCUGAGGGAGCUGGUGGAGAAACGCAGCGCUGAUGCUCCUCUGUUGGUGCGGCCAGACUCCGGGAACCCUCUAGACACUGUACUGAAGGUCUUGGAGAUUUUAGGCAAGAAAUUCUUUCCUGUCGAGAACUCUAAAGGUUACAAGGUGCUUCCUCCCUACAUCCGGGUCAUUCAGGGUGACGGAGUGGACAUCAAUACACUGCAGGAGAUCGUGGAGGGGAUGAAGGAGCACAGGUGGAGCAUCGAAAACAUUUCCUUUGGAUCAGGAGGCGCACUUCUGCAGAAACUCACCCGAGAUCUUCUUAACUGCUCUUUCAAGUGCAGCUACGUGGUGACAAAUGGACUGGGGGUAAACGUCUUCAAAGACCCGGUAGCAGACCCCAACAAGAGGUCAAAGAAGGGUCGUCUAUCUCUGCAUAUGACACAGAGUGGAGAUUUUGUGACCCUAGAGGAGGGGAAGGGUGAGCUGGAGGAGUACGGAGAGGAUCUGCUGCACACAGUCUUCCAUAACGGGAAGAUCGUAAAGACGUACACCUUUGACGAGGUCAGAGACAAUGCCAGGCUCAAGCAGAGUGAAGUCGAGGAGCUGCUUCACUGAGAAGCCAAAGCUUCUUUCCUCCCGUCCAAACCCACACACUCCUCCUUCCUUCUCCUCCUCCUUAAACCCCGUAACUGUACCAGGUUGGAGAUGUUUAAAAAACCCCAGCACUGAUAAAGAUAAUGAGAGAAUGUAACAGAUGGGGAAUAAAAGAGGGGGAAGUGAGAGUGAGAAAGUGAUAGAAAAUAAAAAGAAAAGAGAGGAAGAAACUCUCACUCUACCCUGUGUUCUGUGUAUGCACCUGUUUUUUAGUCUGUAGCCUCUAUAAAGCUUCGCGUGUCUUUAUUUUAACCGGGGGGGGGGGGGGGGAAUAAAAUAAAAGACGAGAUUUAAAUUGUCCGUUUCUCGUCUCCCGCGACCCCGCACAGUUCUCCCGCUUCCUGCACACUCGACCCAACACGGUAAGGGCUUUGAUAAUUGGUGUGUUGGGAGCGGGGAAGCAGUGCAGAGAACCGGAGAUGAGAAACUUUCAGUUUAAAUUAUUUUAAUGAUGUAAUUGUAUAUGACCAAAUGGUGGUGGUGGUGGGGGGGGGGCUGUAGAUUUCUUUCCAUGUUCUAGAGAGAGAGAGAGAGAGAGAGAGAGAGAGAGAGAGAGAGAGAGAGAGAGAUGUUGCUGAAUGUGAAACACCUUGUAUAUGGACCAGGUCUUUACUUUUUAAUGCUGUUUCUUUAUGCAAUCGAGAUGGCUAAUUUGAAGGGAUGCACUUUUCCGACUUUCUCUUUUUUUUUUUUCUUCUUUUUUUUUUUUUGGCCUUAUUCCUAUAUCUUAGUUUCAUUUUCCUUCCUUUAGGGGAAACUAUCCAAAUCCAUUGCUAGAUGUGAAAUGUGUUGUAGGAACCCUCUCUAGUGUAAACAUUGUAAAGUAGCUGUGUCUUGUAAUUGGGGGGGUGGGGGAGGGGGAAAACACAACCUUUUUUGUACAAGUACAAAUGUCACUUGCCUAUGUUUUCUAUGAUGUAGAGAACAAAAAAAUUGUCGGUUUUAUUAUUUAAUGAGAAUCAUUUUAGAACAGCUUGGCUUCAGUAUUUUGUAUACUAACUGUUCCUUCAAACUCCAUCAUCAUUAUUUUUUAUGACGGAAGUAAAUAUCGCUACAAUCCUCACCGUAAAUAUCCAUAUAUAUGAUAUGUGGCCAAAAUGCCUUCUCUCUUGUAUAUAAUAUAAUUGUUUUAUUUAAAGAGAGCUGGUUGCUUAGAGGAAAUAGAAAUAUAUUGUUCUUAUUUUUGUCUAAUUCCCAUUUUAUACCAGGCAAAGAAUCCAUUUAUUUGCUAAGUUUCAUUAUGGCUGAAUUUGUUCAGUCAGCCUUGGGGUUUGUGUGUGUGUGUGUGUGUGUGUGUGUGUGUGUGUGUGUGUGUGUGUGUGUGUGUGUGUGUGUGUGUGUGUGUGUGUGUGUGUGUGUGUGUGUGUGUGUGAGCGAGCGAGAGUGUGUGUGUGGGUGUGUUUGGUCUCGUGGCUCUAGAUGUAGUUAAUGAUGCCUGCUGAUUUUAAUUUGUCUGAUAGAUUUAUGUAUAUGUUGGUGUCCCAGUUUUUGUUUUGUUUUUCUCUAUUUUAAGCGAAUCUGGCAGUUACAAAAUUGUCAGCACAUUAAAAUCCAACCCUCUCUCUUUGC